UCCUCGGUAGUCUGAAUUGCCAUCCGUAAGGUGGCGGCGUUUCCAUGGUCAUAGUAGACUUUCUAAUUCUGUUAUUUCGGAUCUGUGCAGAAAAUUAUAAACCCGGAAGUACGCGUCAUCAGUAACUAGCAUUUGAGAUAGCAAAAGCCCGAAUGUAAUGUUACUGGCAUUCGCUGCUGAGGGGCUGGCGAUGGACUCCUGAAACACAGUUAAAGCUUUCCGUCUUUUUAACGCGGGGCGGCAGCAAUUUGAGAGUAUGCUUGGUGCGGCUUUCUUCCCGGGCCGACAGCACAGCUGAGGUAGGAGGAGUUCAGCAAACAGGAGUCCUGGCCAAUGGGAGUGAAGUGAGUUUUACAGAAACUGUUUACUCCAAAUUGGGGAAGGAUAGCAACAUUGAUAUUUAUGACAUCUUAUAAAACUAGGAUCUCAGACUCAAAACACGUGAGAUAAAAUGCUACUUUUCCAUUCUGGAUGGGGGCUGCAAUCCCCCCACCCCCUUGAACAAGGUUUCCAAGCAGCUAAAUGGAGUCUGAGCAACUUUUUCGCAGAUCUUACUACCGAAACAGUUAUAACAGUAUAACCAGUGCAAGUAGCGAUGAGGAACUUUUAGAUGGAGCUGGCAUUGUUUUGGACUUUCAGACAUCUGAGGAUGACAGUUUGCUAGACGGGGAUGUGUCUGCUGGACCCAACUACACAAUGUCGAAUGGAGGAAACAUCAAUAGCUCUACACAUUUACUUGACUUACUGGAUGAGCCAAUUCCAGGAGUUGGAACAUAUGAUGACUUCCACACUAUAGACUGGGUUCGGGAAAAGUGCAAAGAUAGGGAAAGACACAGAAAGAUUACUAGCAAGAAGAAGGAGUCUGUAUUUGAGUUUAUAAAGAGCUUAUAUGAUGCAUGGUCAGGAUGGCUAGUAGUAACCUUGACUGGCUUGGCACUAGGUGCUUUGGCUGGUUUAAUAGACAUAGCUGCAGACUGGAUGACAGACUUGAAAGAAGGACUCUGUAUUGGUGAUCUGUCAUUUAACCAUGAACAGUGCUGCUGGCGAUCUAAUGAAACAACAUUUGAAGAACGAGAUAAAUGCCCAGAAUGGAAAACAUGGGCAGAACUUAUUAUUGGCCAGGCAGAAGGUCCUGGAUCGUACAUUAUGAACUAUAUUAUGUAUAUUUUCUGGGCACUAGCAUUUGCUUUUUUGGCAGUUUCCCUUGUGAAAGUGUUUGCACCUUAUGCCUGUGGCUCUGGAAUUCCAGAGAUAAAAACUAUUUUGAGUGGGUUCAUUAUCAGAGGUUAUCUUGGAAAGUGGACCUUGAUUAUCAAAACAGUUACUCUGGUACUCGCUGUAUCGUCUGGCCUUAGCCUGGGAAAAGAGGGCCCUUUAGUUCAUGUUGCCUGUUGUUGUGGGAACAUUUUUUCGUACCUCUUCCCCAAAUACAGCAAAAAUGAAGCUAAAAAGCGAGAAGUGUUGUCAGCAGCAUCUGCAGCUGGAGUGUCUGUAGCUUUUGGUGCUCCAAUCGGUGGUGUACUUUUCAGUUUGGAAGAGGUCAGCUACUAUUUUCCCCUGAAAACAUUAUGGCGGUCUUUCUUUGCUGCACUGGUGGCAGCAUUUAUUCUGAGGUCUAUCAACCCUUUUGGUAACAGUCGUCUGGUACUGUUUUAUGUGGAGUACCAUACGCCUUGGUAUCUGUUUGAACUCAUCCCCUUCAUCCUUUUGGGUGUUUUUGGUGGGCUUUGGGGAGCCUUCUUUAUCAGAGCAAACAUUGCUUGGUGUCGCCGACGCAAAACAACAAAAUUUGGAAAGUAUCCUGUUUUGGAGGUUAUCAUAGUGGCAGCAGUUACUGCUGCUGUUGCUUUUCCUAAUCCAUUCACGAGAAAGAACACAAGUGAACUGAUCAAAGAACUUUUUACAGAUUGUGGCCCUUUGGAGUCUUCCUCUUUAUGUGACUACACAAUAGAUAUGAAUUCCAGUAAGAUUGUGGAUGAUAUCCCAGAUCGGCCUGCUGGCAGUGGAGUUUACUCAGCAAUGUGGCAGCUGUCAUUAGCUCUUAUAUUCAAGAUUAUUAUGACUAUCUUCACAUUUGGUAUCAAGGUACCAUCAGGGCUGUUCAUCCCUAGUAUGGCAAUUGGUGCAAUUGCAGGAAGGCUUGUAGGUGUUACAGUGGAGCAGAUGGCCUAUUAUCAUCAUGACUGGUUUAUAUUCAGAGAGUGGUGUGAAGUUGGAGCAGACUGCAUUACACCAGGCCUGUAUGCCAUGGUAGGAGCUGCUGCUUGUUUGGGUGGUGUGACAAGAAUGACAGUGUCAUUGGUUGUCAUUGUGUUUGAGUUGACUGGCGGGCUGGAGUACAUUGUCCCUCUCAUGGCUGCUGUAAUGACCAGCAAGUGGGUUGGUGAUGCAUUUGGAAGAGAAGGCAUUUAUGAAGCACAUAUUCGUCUAAAUGGGUACCCGUUCUUGGAUGCCAAAGAGGAAUUUACUCAUACUACUCUGGCGGCUGAUGUAAUGAGACCGUCUAAAAAUGAUCCUCCUCUUGCAGUACUGACUCAGGAUAACAUGACAGUGGAGGAUAUUGAGAAUUUGAUCAAUGAUACAAGUUACAAUGGUUUUCCUGUGAUUGUGUCAAGGGAGUCUCAAAGAUUAGUAGGAUUUGCAUUACGAAGAGAUUUAAUCAUCGCUAUAGAAAAUGCCAGAAGAAAGCAAGAAGGGAUUGUUGGCAAUUCCCGUGUUUAUUUUACUCAGCAUGCCCCAGCUCUUCCAGCAGAUAGUCCUCGUCCAUUAAAACUGAGAAGUAUCUUGGAUAUGAGCCCAUUUACUGUAACAGACCAUACACCUAUGGAGAUUGUGAUUGAUGUCUUCCGUAAACUGGGUUUGAGACAAUGCCUUGUAACUCAUAAUGGGAUGCUUUUGGGGAUCAUCACUAAGAAGAACAUAUUAGAACAUCUCGAACAACUAAAGCAGCACAUCGAACCUUUGACGCCUCCUUGGCAUAGUAACAAAAAAAGAUAUCCUCCGGCAUAUGGCUCAGAUGGCAAACCAAGAUCCAGAGUCAAUAAUGUUCAACUGAACAAAAUUAACGAGGAAGAUGAGACAGAAGAGGAGGUUCACUUGCUGAAUAGCACAACACUUUAAUAAUUUGGAAUCUGAAAACCCAGGCUCACUGUAUUUAAAAAUAUAACAAAUUAAUAUUCUAUAAGAUUGCUAAAAAUGGUGCUCCAGUUUAGGAGCCUCAUAAUAAAGUGAUAUACUUCAGUGUUAAAACAGGAUGUGUGACCUACGGUUCUGCAAUGAAUGCAUUCUACUGUUCAGCUUCACAGUGAUAAUAUAAACUGAAGAAGACUGUCCAGAAGCCAGAAGAGAAAUGCACCAUGUACUGGUUACUUCAAAAUUUCUUUUUUUAAGUCUGUCCCUCUCGUACAGAGAGCCCACUGAGAUUGUGCAGUUAGCUGCCUUCAUAAGACUGCCGGGCAUUUUCAGUGCACCAUCAGAAUGCCUGCAUUUAUUCAUAACUGUAUUCUGGCAGCUUUCUACAUUCCAUAACAGCUUUUUUAACUUGUUAUAUUCCUCUGGAAAGGAGCUGGAGAGAUCAAAUGUGUUUAGUUCACUGAAUUAGACCACAGGGAGAGGUGGGGCAGAAAACUCUGGUGUGCCUCUGAAGCAAGAGUUUCUCAUAUUGAGAUACUUUUCUAAAGUGUGGUACAGUGGUGCAUGAAGGCUGUGCCACAUUAACUGAGUUAUCAUAUGUUAACUAAUAGGCGGUACGGCAGUAUCAAACCUGUGUUGUGCUGUCAAUUUUUGAACAAAAAUUAAGGAGUCAUGUUAUCCCAUAUUAUCUGGGAAAUGGUUUGCAUCUAGAAGCACUCGUAUACUAUUUGUUGAACAUUUGUGAUUACCUCUGUUAUAAGUAUAUCUAUAACUUCACAGUAAUGCUGUGUUCUUGAAAGUUGGAUGACAUACAUCUCUUUGUUGAAAAUCAGUAGCAGCGAGUUCAAUAUUUUGAAUUUAUAGAGAUGACAUUUUUGCAACUGGAUUAUAUUCUGAAUUACUUUCUCUUUUAUUUUAAAUUAUUGCUGUUCUUUUGAGAGCUGCAUUGUGUUAACACUGCUAAGUUCUGAAGAAUCACUUUUCUCAGUUUGCACUACUGAAAGUAACGUUAUUUUCCACGUGUAUGUUUUUUUUUAAUUUAUGUAAUGUGGAUUAUUACAUUUUUUUAUUUUCUACCUUAUACGGCUGUUUUACACUAAGAUAUCACCCUUGUAAAAUGAAGAGUGGGAAAGAGUGAAAAUGAAAUUAUUAGGAUGUACCAUUUCAGGAUCCACAUUUGCCUAAUCUCCCUGUGAAAUUCCCUUCUAACACUGUAUGUUAUGUGAAAUGAAUGAGCAUUUUUACAUGGUUGGGUUUAGACUGCUUUGUACAUUUGCAUUCAUAUUUGUCUCUUUCUCAAUCCUUGAAGCUACCAUUUAGAGUUUUAGUUUUUUCAUUGUAUUAUGCUCCUGGUGUUUGUACAGUGAAGUACUGAGUUUUGAAGAUUGCAGAGAAAGACAUUUGGAUCUUUGUGGUUCCUUAUUUAAUUAAACAUUUCUUUUUAUGUUUCACUCAGUUCUUAAACAGAUUAAUACACUAUAGUGCUGAUAAAUGAAAUAAGGAAAAAGCAAUUAGAUUAUCGUUACAUUAAGGCUACUUAUGUUGUGUGAUGAAAUCCAGUUUUGCUUACCUAAAAAGAUGCUUGUAAAACAUGUGAUCUCUGAGAAUAUUUAUAAGAUAACCGCAUCUUAUUUUAGCUGGUUUGACACUGCAGAUAUUAAGUAAGCCUAGCUUCAGUGUGUAUAGGUAGGCGUUUUUCAUUCAAAAUAGUAUUUCUUUUGAGUUAUUUGGUAUUUAAAGUUUUCCUUUUGGAGUUUUUGCACACACCCUAUGGAUUCUUGUUUUGGUGCAAAAAAUAAUACUGUGUUUUCCUAUCUUUGUCUUCUAAUGUUACAACCAGAAAUGCAUGAUGGAGGGUAAACAGUUUAUUGUUAAUACAUGCCGAAAACAUUACGUGCGCAUACAAGUAUUAGAAAGGUGUUAAAUAUAUCCCAAAAAAGUGCUAGUCAUAACACUUUCUUUAUAAUGACAACAGUUUUUAGGAUAUUUCUUUCAUAUUCCUUGAAUUAGUUCUGGAGUAUUUGUCUUCCACUUUCUGCAGUUAAAGCCACUUAGUUGUAGAAUGCAUGUUUAACCCACAUUGUCUUAUAGGAAAACAAACAUUAAAAUUCAGCAAGAUGGAACUAAUACAGACAGAUUGUACAUGCUUAACUGAUCAAAUUAAUAUUAGCAAACAUCUGUUUGUGUGCAUGUGUGAGAGAGAGAAUUGUACCGCAGGUUGGAUAUUCCUUCAGAAUUUUAAGCAAGUUUAGGGUGGCACUUGGUCCACUGGGAUAGCUUAAUAUGCCAUCUGUUUGUGGAUGCAUUGUGGCAGCUGAUUUCAACUGAGUAGCAUUUAGCAGAAAAAGAGAGAGGGAAUAUAGAUAUUUUUUCAGAACAGUAGUUUUAAGCAGCACUGUUAUACACAUAUAUGUAUUUUAUGCAGCUGUCCCCAAACACUUUGGGCAAGUAUAUAAGUGAAGCUACUUCAGAAGUCCUGCCCCACAAGUGGAUGCCUUUUGAUAGAGCCUCCAUUCUUCACCAGAUCCAUGUCAUCAGCAGGUUUUUUUUUGGUUCUCUUGCUGUAAUUCCUGAAAAGGUGAAUAAUUACAGCAGUUUCUAGUGAAACAGACUUGUGUAUUUACCUAAUUAUAGACUUUAUUUGACUAAUGAGCUACAGGGACAAACUACAAGAAAUAAAGAUCAGUAUUUAAUUCUGAUCAUACCGUCUCAUACAAGAAGUGCAAAAAGAAAUAUUUUGACCUACACAAAAUAUAUGUUUACAUGUAAAUAUUUUUAUUUAAGGAGUUCUGUUGCAUACCACUGGAAAAACUUUGCCACUGGCCACAGCAAAGUUUAAUUUCUAGAGGCCUUUGUUCAGAGGAAUAUUGAUUCCAUCACCUCUACUGUUUCCUCGACUUUCAGAUAGCGGAAGCUUCACUAGACCAAAACAAAAAAGGGGGGGGGGUGAAGCUACUUAGUGUGUUUGCAAAAUCCUUGUACUCAAUGAAGAUACUUACUCCAUGGUCACGCAACUGCAGGAAAAAGCAUGCAUAAAGAGAAUCAGUGCUGAUGAACACACAGAAAGUGCUCCAAAAGUGAUUUUGUGUGUGAAACAGUAGGGCUACUUCAACUUCUGAGAACUAAAACUGAUGAGUUGAAACUACCCAGUUUACAUUCAACAAAAUGUAGUGUAAUUGAUGCUUUCUAUCACUAGCAGGCAGUAUAAACAGGUGAUUGAUCCCACACCCACUUGAUUUCUUUUCCACAUUAAGCUGUCAUUUUCUAAGCCUCACAGACAUUUGUGCAAUAGUCAACAAUAAUUUGUAAAUAUAUGUUUUGCUUGUCAUUUCUUGUUUGUUUCAUUUAUUUUUGCAUUUUUCUCUUUCAUAUUCUAAAGUCUGAUUUUCAUAUUUGCUUACCAGUUUAUUAGAUUUGUUUUUAUUUUUAUUACUUGCAUCCUGUGUAAAAUAGUUAUCUUUUGCAGUGGCUUAGACAAAUCAGAAAUAUUUUGUGGGCAGAGGGGAAAGCAGUCUUAUCAGUGGUUUGGAUUUUGCAAGUAUUGCAUUAUUUUCUACAUUAAUACAAUUGUUGACUCUUAUCACUGUAAUCAUUGAGCAAAACUGAUCAUCCCUCAAAAGCUAGGCUGCUUCCUUAGUGUGAUAAACCCUUUGGGUGGGCAUAAGACUCAAGGUACCUUGAAUUAAAAACAGAACAAGUUUAUUAGAUAUCUUUUUUGUGACUUAGGACACUGAAACUACACCCCAGCAGACACACAGUCUGAUAUCUCUAACAACAUCAUUUAAUGUGACAGCAGUGUGCUAUGAUUCCAUGAACCAAAUAUGUGCUCCUUUUGUAGUAUGGUAUGUUGUAUGAAGUGAGUGAACACUUAAGUUUAGAAUGCUUUGUGUACAUUUUGUUUUAUUUUUGUUUGCCUUCUAAAUUUGGCAUAUACAUUGGAACAGGUGCAAAUUUAUCCAACAUAGUUGAUUUAACACAUUUUAAAAUAAGCUGAUUAAUAUAAUUAAGCAAGACAUGAACACUUUUAAAAAGUUUUGUAACGCAUAAUACAUUGCAAUGCCCAGCAGCAGUUUUUCUGUAUUGUGGGACAUUGUUUCCAUAAAAGAUUUUUAGAUGUAGUAAUUACAGAAUUAACUCGGUCAAAAUAACUUCAAUUUUACUGUUAACUUCAAAAAUAAUUUACAAAUCAACCCUGAUUCAUAAAACUGAAUCCUUCUAUUCAGCCAGUGGGCAUGCAUUAAUAAUACCCAUUUGCUCACUGUAUCAGCAGAACUAUUAGCUGGGCAGUAUCAGUGCAAGAACAGUUGCCAAACGGAAAUCUUGUUAGAUGAUUGAUGGCCCUUAUAUUACAAUAUUAGAUAUUAUGCAAUGAAGUGCUGUAAAGCAUCAACCUGUAGACUACAAUGAGCAUGCCCCUAAGCUCUCCCUGCAUUGACAUCACAACAUGUAAGAGCAUAAAGUUGUUAAAUUACAUGAAGCAGAUGUGGAAAUUAAGCAUUUUUUGUAAUACAAAUUUACAAAGGGCUGUAUAAAUAACUGUAUUUUAUAUUUUGGAGAAAAUUAAUGGAAACAGUUCUAUUUAGGCAGCACCUGAUGUUGUGCACAAUUUCUUUAACCAGCUCUAGUGUCUGGUAAUGCCCCGAAACAAGGAGACAGUUUAAACAGGUCUUCUUACCGAGUUCACUUAGUUUAUUUGUCAGUAUCUCUGUCUUUUUUUUUUCCUUCUCAUGUUUGCGUAAUGAAUUAUCUUAGUUUAUCUAAACUUGCUUUCUGUGGGCCAUUAGUAUGAGAAAUGAACAGUGUGUGUGGAAUCAUAUAACGGUACAGUCUUGUCAGGAUAUGCUAUAUUCACUGACCAUUGACUUUCAGGUACAAACAUUUCUAUUCAUUUCUAACAGCAGUUUCUUGCCAGUGUUGCUUGCUGUAACAAUCUGUCAGAUGUGUACUGAUGUAGCGGCUCCUGCCAUGUCUGCACUUUGGUUUCUAGAGGUGUUGCUACAGCAACAGUCUGACUCUCAUUUGUGUAGUUUCUUCUUGCAUGUCUGUGCUUUAGUUUCAAGAGGCGUUGCGUGCUUUAAACAGUUAUUCUUCAUAAUUUUGAAAUGAAUGAUUAAGCAUAUUACCAGUUAUACUCCGGCUCACAUGAGGGAUGGUAAAUGCACAUUAUUUGUUUAAAUUUGGAAUGUUGCACUAAAUCUAUUGUUUCAAAAAAAUGUAUGCAAACCAAAACUGUAAUUUCAGAUUCAUCUAGGUUGCAUUACGGAGUACUUCUCAUAGUUAGGUUUUGUUUCAUAUCAAAGCAGCCUAGAAAUAAUGGACAAGCUAAGUGUCUAUACAGUAUGCAAGUAGGAUUUGCUGGAAGUAAGUCUAUAUCUUCUAGAUGCAUGUAUUUUUCCAUUAACCAGCUAAGCUCUCUAGACUAAGUGCCAUUUUUCAUGGGAGACCCAGAAGCACUGUCUGGUUGCGGUUAAUUUAUUCAGAGACACACUGUAAGCAAUUGGAGAUUGACUGAAAAAUGAAACUCACUACAAGCUGUUGGACUUAACCUCCUAAGUUAUACUGACAGACCAAAUGCUAAUUUCAGUCACUUUGUUACAUGUGUUCACUAUUUUCCAUUUCAGUCUACUGUUAAUAUUUUAAUUAAAUACUUCAGUGAAAGUGAAAUGCUGAGCAGUGUUGCUUGUUUUAUCACAAACAGUAAUUUUAAGAAAUAUAAUUCUAAAUGUUCAUUAGUUUUUUUCUUGUCAUCCUUCUGUUCGUUUUGAAAAUGUUUAAGGUGGUUUAAAAAAGACAUAUUAGAAAUUAAUUAAAUUGUUUUCCUAAUGGUGAAUUUUACCUAAGCACAUUAGACUUUUAAGAAUGUUUUUUUUUCAUAAAAAUUCUUCAAGAUGCAACUCCCUCCUGCAUUCUAAAUUACAUUGCUGCUUUAACUUGACUGCCACAACUUCUGAAGACAUGUUAUACUGUAGGUUUACUAAAAUGUGAUUAGUUUAAAAGGUAUGCCUGUUCAGGUAAACAGUUAUUGGCCACUUUCUGAUGUGAUACAUCUAUAUAAGCACUUUAACCCAGGCUGUGACUUUCUAUUGGGGGGGCAGUCAUUGCCUCUUUUCUUAACAGCUGAUAUCUUGCUGUACACUGUUUUAAUGCAGUCUGUUAAGCCUAACUGUUUAGGAAUAUGCUCAGUACCAAUCAUGGAAUAUUUUUUAUGUUAGGCCUGUACUUCAUUAGAAAAUGUUAAUGUUUAGUUGCGGAAAUAAUUUAAUUACACAUUAAAAUCUCUGUAAAAUCA